GAUUUCCCAGUAACGAUAAGGGAUAUAUCCAAGGACAAAUAUUUGGCAACGACUGUCAAGCGGUCUGAAAAAAGUAUCCAUCAGGCAAUCAUCGAAGAUCUUCCAGAUAAACCUGUGUUGGAAAGUGUCAUGGAAUGGCGUUUAAUCAGUGAACAGGAGCUGGCAGCAUCUGAAUCACCAGUGGGAACUUUAGUUAGUCAAGGAACUGCACAGUGGAACAUAAAUAGGCGAUCCGUACCUUCUGGAAACUAUCUAGUAACAUUUACUGUGUCUAUUAGAGUCGGUGAUCCAGCAUCCUCAGAAACUCUCAAGGCUUUUGAUUACGGCUUUAUCAAAGUUAUUGCAGCUCCUUUGCGAGCCAUAAUCGAUGGAGGAAGUAGCGUUCUUUGGGGUUCUAGAGACGCUGUUACAGUGGAUGGAUCCCUUAGCUAUGAUGGAGAUGUUGGUCCUGGAAACUCUAGCGGGCUGAAAUUUACCUGGUCCUGUUAUCGUCUUGGAGAUAAUACUUCCGUCAGCAAUAACUGCUUUGGUUCUUUCAAGGGAGACGUAACUCUAACAUCCAUAGAAAUUAUCCCUCGUGGGCUUAAAAUAAGGCACCCAUACGUUCUCAGACUAACAGUGUCCAGAGAUGAUCGAAGUCAUUUCGCCGAAAUUAUUUUUGAGAUAGCAGCUGGUGAGAUACCUCAAGUUAGCUUAAGGUAUUUUUAAAUGAUUGUUUUAUUCUAUUCUUCCUCUCUUUCAGUCGUCCUUUAUACACAGUCGUUCCGUUUUGUUAAACCCUUAAGAGUACAUUACAAAUUGCUGAUUACAGUGGCUUUGUUCUACCUUCAACCAAUCACACGCAAAGCUGAGGCGUAUGUUGACUUGGCCUUAAGCAAUGUUAAGUGUGUCAGGAAAUUUACCUCUUUUGUAGAUCAUUGUUGUUGCUACUAUUGUUUUCUUCUCAGAUCGAUGCAAAAUGAAUUAUAACAAUCAAUCUACUUUAAUUCUCCUAUUUUCAUGCAGGUGUUUCGUAGACUGUGGUAAAGUAGUGUCUGCUUCGAACAAGUUUCGAGUGACAUCAGAGUGUCUCAAUUCCCCCUGUAUUAGUUCUGAGUAUAUAUGGCAAUUAAUGAGGUUGAAUGAUGAUUCAAAACAACUGGGGCGCAUAGCUAUCUUACCCAAUAUGACAUCAACUGCAAUAAAUGCAACCAACAUGAUUAUCAAAAAGAAAUCCUUGCAGUCAAGCUCAAAAUACGCCCUGAACCUGACUGUAAUACCCCCCGGUGGGACAGCAGGAUUUGCAGUGCUGGAGUUUGAGACAGCUGGACAGCCCCACAGUGGCUAUUGCGUGCCAUCAGCCGUUGUAGGUUUCUCUUUGGAAACAAAAUUUUCAUUUGAAUGCUUUGAAUGGCAAGAUAAAAAUAAACCACUAUCUUACGAAUUUCGCGUCGGAGACGAGCCAAUAUCCUAUGGCACCUCUGCAAAAUCUGUUUCAACAGUCUUACCCUCUGGAUCACCGGAAAACGAUUAUCAGCUGUCCAUCAACGUUAUUAUUAAGAAUGCUGUUGGUGUGGCUGUUGUAAAGAAGCUCUCUGUAAAGGUAAUAAUAAAACUGUACGCCUCAGAAGAGGGUUUCUCUGAAAGGACCGUCAAAUGUACAAUAGGUACAGGUACAAUAAAGUUGAUGAACCACGAGUACUAGGAAAAGCACAGACGUAGGCGGAUAAAACGGGUGGAAGAAGGAAAAGACGAAUCAACGCAAAACAAUAAAAAAAGUAGUUUUGUUGAUUUAGUGACUUUAGUGACCACGAUUCGUUUGAAGUAUAGGUGAAUCUCAGCAAGCUGAAAUUGCUGAACCAGUCGAAAGGCGCAAGAUAUUUUUGUAAAAAGAAAACUUUAUUCCGCUAUGUAUUAAAGCCUUCUAACACUUGUCCUGUUUCCAAAAGGUGGUGCCAUCGACCCAACUCGAUCCUUGCCGUUCACAGAUAGAAGAAGUUUCUAGCAAGUUGAAAGGGUUUGUCAUUGGGGAUGACAGCGACUUGGAUAAGUUUCUGAAGAAGGGUGAAAUUAGUCAAGCCUCCCAACUUGCUAUUACUGUCCUCCAAUCAGCUAACGAGGAAACAAAGUGUGGGCAAACGCUAGGCCAAGAUACCAAAACACUAGUGGGUCUACUUACCGUGAUAAUAUUCUUUUCAAAUUAG